ACUUCUCAUCAAGUCCCCAUUCAUCCAGUGCAUAAGUAUGAAGGCAGCCUAUGAGCUUUGAGCAUUACAAUGGCAACCAAUCUCCUCCCUUUUGUUCCCCCGCUCCUCCUCCUCCUCCUCCUCCUCGCCUUAUCAGCUUCAGCUUCCAAUUUCACCAGCAUAGACUGCGGCGCGUCUGGUUCCUACAAGGACGAGAACGGCAUCGCAUGGGAGACCGACGAGUCGUACGUCAGUAAUGGCGAGAACCGAGUCGUGCAGAACCCGGACUCGGUGCCGGAGCCGAUGAGGACACUGAGGGUGUUCUCGUCGAGGAAGAAGAACUGCUACCCGGUGAGCGUCCCCGGCGGCGGGCGGGUCCUCGUCCGGGCCAGUUUCUACUACGGUAACUACGACGAGAAAUCCUCGCCGCCGACUUUUGCUCUCCAGUUCGACGCCAACAGUUGGGAGACGGUGGCGGCGUCCAUGGACCAGGUCGUCUUCCACGAAGCCAUAUAUGACGUGUUCGCGGAGGGGACGGCCGUGUGCGUGGCCCAGUUGGAGCAGGGUCAGCUGCCGUUCGUCUCCGCGAUCGAGGUAAGGACGCUGGAGACGGACAUGUACGAGGGCGUCGAUUCCAGCUUCGCGUUGCUCCUGAAGGGGAGGUUGGCGUUCGGCGCUCCCGGAGUCGUGAGGUAUCCAAGUGAUGCAUACGAUCGCAUAUGGGAUCCAGUUGCCGCCUCCGACGAGCUGAUAACGACCAAGAGUGACACCACCGUCAUGGACCCGACCGCCGUCAAGGACAAGCCUCCGGCAGCCGUGCUGCUGCAGGCCAUCACCACUGCGAACGUGUCGACUGACGUCGUCUUGUUCCUCUCCGAACUGCUGCCGACCGACCCCGUCCCUGCCUACAUCAACCUCUACUUCGCGGAGAUGAGCCACCUGGGCUCCAAGGACAACAACACAUUCCAGGUUUACGUCGACGGCGAUCCGUUAAUCGAUGCAGUUAAUCCACCUUACCAAAGUGUGGCCGAGUAUCUCAUCGGGCUAAAGGCCGCUUCGGCAAGCACCAAUAUCACCCUGACGGCCACGCCGGAAGCCACGGUUCCGCCUCUAAUCAGCGCCAUGGAGGUCUUCGUCGUUCGAGGUGGGCUGAGCAACGGAACCGACGAAUCCGACGUGGGGGCUCUAAUAGUCCUGCAGCAAAAGUUCGAGGUGCUCGGUGACUGGGCCGGCGAUCCAUGCCUCCCUGCGAAGUAUAACGCUGAUUGGGUGGGUUGCAGUUCGGAUCCGACUCCACGAAUCACAGCACUAUAUCUGAGUGGAUAUGGGCUUUCGGGAGAUCUUCCUGACUUCAGCACGUUGACCGCCCUCCAAACCAUAGAUAUGAGCAACAACAAUAUCACUGGAAGAAUCCCAGAAUUCCUGGGCAAGCUACCAGAUCUAAAGGAGCUGAACCUGGCCGAUAACAAACUAAGCGGAGCUGUACCUUCCUCGCUCACGGAAAACAAGAAGAUCAAGUUGACCAUCUGCGGCAACCCGAGUUUGUCGUGCUCCGACCAGAAGCCAUGUGACAGCUCCAUGGGUAAGCCUAGCACACCUCGGGCUACCAAAUCCUCUUCCACGUCUUUGAAGAAGAGCAGGAGGAAUCUGGUUGUCGUACUCGAGGCUGUGAUCUCUCUGUUCCUCCUCGUUUUGAUGGCCUAACCAGUCAUCUUCAGGCUUUGUAAUUGUUUCUAAUAUCCGAUCGGACAAUAAUACAGGAUCACUUGCCAACGCUAUUAAGACAGUGCUGGCAUCAU